AUGAAGUUUCUGAUCGCUCUGUUGGUGACGGUGGCAUUGGUGAAUGCGGAGGCCGAGAAGAAGGUAGAUAAGAAACAAGAGAAGCGUGGCUUGGCAGGACUUGGCUACGGACAUGGCGGUGGUUUCGGCGGACAUGGAGGAUUCGGAGGCGGUCUUGGCGGAGGCCUUGGCGGCGGUUUCGGAGGCGGUCUUGGCGGUGGAUUCGGUGGCGGUGCCGGAGGCGGUUUCGGCGGCGGCGCUGGUGGUGGUGGUGGCGGUGGCACUGUCACCCAAACUGUGCUCACAGAAAACGUACCAAUCCCAGUUGCUCAACCAGUGGCUGUCCCAGUCGAGAGAACCGUCUCUGUGCCAUACAGUGUCCCAGUUCCAUACCAAGUUGACAGGCCAUACCCAGUUCCAGUAUCCAGGCCAUACCCAGUGCACGUAGACAAGCCAUACGCAGUACAUGUAGACAAACCAUACCCAGUAGCUGCUCCUUACCCAGUUAAGGUCCCAGUUGUAAACAAGGUAGCUGUCCCAGUGCCACAACCCUACCCAGUCAAGGUAGUCAAACCCGUCCCAGUUCCAGUGCACACCCCAGUCAUUGUGAAACAACCAGUGCAUAUUGGACACGGUGGAUUCGGUGAUGGCGGUUUCGGAGGCGGUUUGGGCGGACACGGAGGUUUCGGAGGUGGACACGGAGGUUUCGGAGAUGGACACGGAGCAGCGCUCGCUCUCGCCGCUGCUGGUGCUCACGGAGGUUUGGGAGGCGGUCAUGGAUUGGGAGGCGGACACGGACAUUGGUAA